AUCAACAAUCACAUAAAACAAAACGGUCUCUUACUUACACAAACAAAACAAUAACACACUGGAUGGUUGCUCUACUAAAUCCUUUUCGCAUUUUCUUCAUAUCUAUGUGCUCGUUAAUAACUCGCAAGGUCUUCCGAUUUGAGGGACGUGUAUAUUGAUUACCCAGUUCGGUAGACAUUUGGCGCAAUACUUUGUAGAAAGCCGACCUCAAGUCUUAUUGAUUUUCACAGCUGUCAUUCAAGAUGGCUACUACCGCAGGAUCUCGCAAUCAAACAAACGGUGUUCUCUCCGUUACAACUACACAGACGUCGGGCAGUACUUCCAAGCAGACUGUUAGCAAACCAGCAAGUUCCAAGUUGAAGCUUAUCGUCCGUAGGCUAGCUCCAGGAUUGACGGAGGCGGAAUUCUGUUCUGUUCUUGGUGAUGAAUGGAAGGUAGGGCAAGGAAAGGUUGAUUGGUUUCAAUUUAAAUCCGGGAAAGAUUCUAAAGAGUAUGUAUUUUCGCAUAGUAUGUGCCUGCAGGGCUGACAGAUCAAAACAGUCCUUCCAAGCCAUCCCGACCUUCUCGAGCAUAUCUACACUUAACAAGUGGUGACCACCUCUUACCAUUUUCCGAAGUCGUGCGAAAAUCAAGUUUUGAGGAUGCAAAGAAUUCAUAUACAGAUUCGUGUCUCAUUGGACCACCCUCCGUUGAAUUUGCGCCUUACAGUAGAGUCCCUGCAGGUCUUAAACGUCGUACAGAUGCUCGCGCUGGAACAAUCGAUCAGGAUCCAGAAUUCAUGGCAUUUUUGGAAGGAUUGGCUAAUCCGAUUACCACAAAAGAAAUUGGCGCAGAGGGCGAAGAUUUUUCAACAGGAAAGCCUGAGAAAAUUACUGUGACUCCAUUGGUUCAAUUUUUGAAGGACAAGAAGGCCAACAAGACGAAGGAAUCGGCAGCAAAAGCAGCAAAGAAACAAGAAAUUCCAAAGUCCAAGGCGAAGGAAGGAUCAGUUCCCACAGAUGAUGGUAGAAAGUCCAACAAAGAUCCUAAGACCGACAAAGUCGCGGCCACGCAAGAGGCUGUCAGAAUUCUGAACAGAGAAGCUGCCAAGAAAACAGCUGCAGCGUCCUCCUCUACAGCUACUUCAACAAGUACUGAGAAGAACGUUCCCAAGCUUGAUACUUCCAAAAUUCCUGCCAAUGAAAGACAGGCCGUUGUUGCUGCUCAUGUUCGCAUGCUACACCGUGAUCUCGGACUUAGUCCCUCCCAGGCCCAUCGCCGUAUCAAACGUGAUACAGCAAGUGCGGUAAAAGCUGAGGCUUCUGACAAAUCCACGCCCACUCCUAGUAAUACCGCGUCUUCCCCAUCUACUCCUACAACUCCCACUGGUCCCAAAGUUCCCCCAGCCCAGCUCAGUGCCCAAUCAGGUAGUCGAAGAUCUAGAAGAGGUAAUCAAAAGAAUACUACUGAAUCUUCUGCUACCAAGGGGCCGACAGCCACAGCUUCAGCCCCGACUACACCAAUGGUCCUACUACGAAAGUUCACCACUCAACAACGACCUGAACAACGACCAAGUACCGCGACUUCUCAAUCUUCAUCUAUGCCUCAAGCUCCACCGAAAGCGGCUCCGAAAGUCAAUCCCCCUGCAGCUCCAGCCGCAGCGCAACCUCAACAAGCCACUCCUAAUCGAGGAUCAAAGGCUCAAGUGGACGUCCCACCUAAAGGUGCCCGACAAGCUUUUAUAAAACAUGCCAAUCCAUCUCAAGGUGUAACUGAACUAUUAUUAAAAGAAGCACUGGAGAAAUUUGGUAAAGUCUCCAUGGUUGAGAUAGACAAGAAGAAAGGCUUCGCAUAUGCAGAUUUCGAAGAACCCGAAGGUCUAAAGAAAGCAAUGGCUGCGAACCCCGUUUCCGUCGCACAGGGAACUGUUCACGUUAUGCAACGAAAGGGAAAUCAAUUACCACGUGCUGUCCUAGCCCCUAGAACUCCUGCUCCUCCACCUACUAGUCCGGCUUCUCGUGGUGGUAGAGGUGGAGCUAUAGGCAGGAGGGGUGGUAGAAAUGGUGGUGGGAGAGGUCGCACGGAUGCUCCUGCUGCGGAUUCUCCAAAGCCUUCUCCAGUUGCUGUUGCCCCCACAGGACCAGCUCCAAAGUGAAGAGAUAGUGAUCGCGAAAGACCUUUCAACAUUUCAUUCGAAAGCAGAUUUUGGGCAACUCACCAGCCAACGGAGACACAUGAGAAAUUCUCGGAGAUAUGAGACUUCAUCGCGAUGUCUAGAAUAUCCUUCAAAAUGCCUUCCCAACAGCUACACAAGCCCAAGGGCAGUCAAUAAGAGAUAGCUAAUGCGUUUAUUCCCAAAAUGUCCAAUUUUUGGCACAACCGUAAAGGCGAAAAAUUAUGUGGACAAGAAGCAUGAUUACAAGUAUGAGCCAAAAUUCAUAUGUAAGGAGGAGACGAGGAAGAUAAGGAAGGAUCAGUUCCUUCAUAGGCAGGAUCAUUUGGCCCAUAACACACUUAAGCGACUGCAAGUUGUUGAUGUCAUGUCUAACUUAGGGUUACGUAGCAGAUCCUUGAGAUAAUUACAAUU